AUGUAUAACUUAAGCAAACUAAAUUUGUUAAGGUGGAACAGCUCGUGGACAUAUAAACUAAAGAGAUAUCACAUGUCCCCACGAUGGAAUGUUAGUAAGUGGCUAGUAAAGGAGGAAUACAAAUCACAAAAAUUUAGCAAACCUUUUUAUUUAACAAAAUGGGGAAACUUUAAAACAUGGGAACAUGAAACAAUACCUAAUACUGGAGCCCAUACUAAAUUUUGUGAUAUGAACAGAUUACAUGAGAGUAACAUAAAUGCUAAAAAGUGA